GGUGGGAUGUGGCAUUAUUCUAAGAGCUUUUGAGAGAAAUCCAUAGCAACCAGGCUGGAGCUACAGGAGGAUUCCCCUUGUCAACCGGGAUAAUCAUGGCUGAGGAGGUUGAGUGGCAGAGGGUGUUUGAAAUGGAUUCCAUGGAAAGGCCCCAUGAAUAUAUUUUUGUAGAUGAAGCAGGGUUCAAUCUGGCGAAGAGGAGAAGGAGAGGCUGGAAAAUAAUUGGCCAACAUGCCAUUGUGGAAGUCCCUGGCCAGCAUGGUGGCAAUGUCACUCUAUGUGCAGCCAUAAGCAAUGGGGGGUUCUCCACCAUCAUGCAACCCUUGGGCCAUAUAACACUGACCAUCUUCUUACAUUUCUGGGUGGUCUUCAGGAUGUUUUGUUUGCAGGAUCAUCAGCAGGCAGUGCAUCCUGUCUAUGUUGUGGUUUGGGACAAUGUCAGCUUUCACCGUGGUGUCAGAAUACCUGAGUGGUUCAACAUCAACCAGCGAUUCAUGAAAGUUUGCCUUCCACCAUACAGCACUUUCCUCAACGCAAUUGAAGAGUUUUUCUCUGCGUGGCGAUGGAAGGGCUAUGACAUGGCUAACACAUAUACAAGGGUAAAUGUUUUACAGGCAAUGGAAUUGGCCUGUGAUGACAUAGGUGUGGAGUGUUGUCAAGGCUGGAUUCGGCACACGAGAGGGUUCUUCCCCCGUUGCCAAGGAAGCGACAACAUUGCAUGUGAUGUGGACGAAGUCCUCUGGCCGGACCUAGCACGAAGACAGGAUGCUAAGGUGGAAUGAGUCUCUCAUUGACUUUGAUUUUGCAAUUGCACAAUAUUUUGUGUAAAACGAUUUUCAUUUAGAGUUGUGUUUGUUCUUUGGGCUUACUUUAUUAUUAUGCUGAAAAUACAGAAAUUCAAUACUGUAUUACUUGUAGUACUUGCAGUAUGCAAUAUAUUUGCUGUACUGAGUUGUGAAUUAUUUACUUUUAUUUAUAGCAAAAUUAUUUUCUCAAUGCAAUAAACAUUUUUUCUCUAUAACUACAUGUCCUGGACGCUGUGUUCUCAAUUUUUUUGAUGUAGUGUCUAAUGAAUGCUGAUGAGUGUUUAUAUAUAUUGACUGGCUGGGUUUAUGUUUUGAAAGCAUUGUUUGAUUUUGAGCACAGAUCAA